AAAUGAGUCAUUGUUACUUUGGGACAUGCCAGAACGGCGGAGUUCGCUGUAACAGAGGAAGAAUGUGCAUCUGCAUGGAAGGAACCGAGGGUUAUUGUUGCCGUGAUAUUGUUGCGUGCCAGAAAGAUGACUUUUGUGGUAGCGACCAAACAGCUAUAUGUGCGUACGACAGAAAUCUAAUGAAAGCAGUAUGCCAUUGUUCAUCCAGUAAUAGAGUGUUUGAUAACAGACAAAAAUUGUGCAGAAAAAUAUGUUACGAAGACGAUGACUGCGCCAAUGGUGGAAUGUGCAUUGGUGAGUUUGGUAAGAAAUUUUGCAUAUGUAUGCCAGGUACAGAAGGCGAUUUUUGCUCUGAAAUUACGGAUUGUAAGAAAAAGGAUUUUUGUGGAACAAGCAACGAAACUUCCUGCAUGUAUGACAUUACCCAGAUGCAAGCUGUAUGUAACUGUUCGGACUCAUCUAAGCAAUUUGAUUAUGUUGAGCAAAUAUGCAAAACGCGAUGCGAAGAUGAUAGUAACUGCGAAAAUGGACACAAAUGCAUUAGAGAUGGAGCAUCGAAAUAUUGUCAAUGCAUACCAGGGAAAGACAUUAACAUUUGUUCUCAUGUUAUGGACUGUGAUGAACCCGAUUCUUGCGGUAUAGAUAAUAAUGUUACAUGUGAGUACGAUGCUACUCAGAUGAAAGGAAGAUGCCAGUGUUCGAAUGCCAGUAAGCAAUUUGAUUAUAGAGAGAAAAUAUGCAAAGAGCCAUGCCAAGAUAGUGAUUGCGAAAAUGGCGGAAAAUGCACCGGACACGGAGACUUCAAAUUUUGCGAAUGUUUGCCAGGGACGACGGGUGACGCAUGCUCUGACGUUACAGAUUGUAACGAAACUGACUUUUGUGGCACAGGCAACGAUACCACAUGUAUAUAUAAUAGCAUCCGAAUGGAAGCUACGUGCCAAUGUUUGAAUUCUAGCAAGCAGUUUGAUUAUAGGGAAAAAGUCUGCAGAGAGACGUGCCGGGAAGGUGACUGCGAAAAUGGUGCUAAUUGCACCCUAUCCGACGAUUUUACAUUCUGCGAAUGCCUGCCAGGAACAUCAGGUGACUUCUGCUCAGAAGUUAUUGAAUGCGAAGAAGGUAAUUUAUGUGAUACUCACAAUGAUAGCAUAUGUAUAUAUGACAGUUAUCGAAGGGAAGCUAUAUGCCUGUGCUUCAAACAAAAUGAGGAAUUCAAUUACGAGGAGAAAAUCUGUAAAAAUCCUUGUCAAGAAAAUGACUGCGAAAAUGGCGGAAAUUGCACCGGAUAUGGGGAUUUGAAAUUCUGUGAAUGCCUGCCAGGAACAAAAGGCGACCAUUGCUCUGAAAUUACGGAAUGUAAGGAAGAUAAUCUUUGCGGUACUGAUAGUGAUGCUAAGUGUACUUAUGACAGUUUUCGAAUGGGAGCUUUCUGCCAAUGUUCGAAUCUUAGUAAGCAGUUUGAUUACAAGGACAAAACUUGCAAAGAACCGUGUCUAUCACGUGGCUGCCAUAAUUAUGGGAUUUGCACCAGUCAUGGAGAUAACAAAUUUUGCGAGUGCAUGCCGGGAACUACAGGCGACCUUUGCUCCGAAGUCACGAAAUGCAAAGAAGAUAACUUUUGUAGAAAAGAUAUGACGUGUUUUUAUGAUAUCAUGCGAAGAGGAGGUUCGUGUCGGUGUUUGGACUGGAAGAAACACUUUGACACCAAGCAGAAAAUGUGCAGAUCACCUUGUGAAGCAGAAAUGUGUGAAAAUGGUGGCAUUUGCAACGGAACUCACGAUUUAAAAUUCUGCGAGUGCUUGCCAGGAACUACCGGUGACUUUUGCACCGAAAUUUCUGUUUGCAGGGGGAAGUUUAUAUGUGGUUAUGACUCUGAUGUACGAUGCGUUUAUGACCCAAUCAUGCAGAGAGCUGCAUGUGAAUGCUUAAACCCCAACGCAAACUUCAACUACCACACACAAACAUGCGAAUGUGACUGUGGAUACAAUGGAACAUGCGGUUUAGACGUUCUCGGAAAAAAGAAGUGUUUCUGCAACGAGGGAUUUGCAGAAUUUAGCGGAUGGUGCGAGGAGUGCAGUUGCGGAAGCGGUGAAAAUUGCUCCUUUAACAGCUACGGACGAAAGAUGUGUACAUGCAACAUAGGGUUCAAAGACCUCAAUGGGAACUGCGAAAGAAUCCUAUUAGGUGAGAGCAAAGAAAGCACUUUUCCUGCACUUAUUGGAAGUUUAUUUGCUUUCCUUAUAAUAGUAUUCUCUGGUUUGAUUUAUUUACGUUGGAGGAAAAAAAAACCAGGUACUGCUUUUCAUUUCAAGACACUGAUGGAAUCAGUUGAUGAAGAAUAUGAAAGAAGCGUGCGUUUCAAAUGAAAGUUGUAUGUAAGGAGAGGCAUAAUUUAGGAUCAGGUAAAAUUCAUCUGAAGCUCCAGCAUUCAAACUGAACAGUUCCAGAGAUGAUAUUUAUUCUUCCAGUAUGGUGAAACAUCGGUUCACGGACUUACCGUAUUUGACGGCAUAUAAGACGCACUGGCAUAUAAGACGCACCCUUUUUUAGAAGGCCACACACAAGGAAAAAAGUUUCAAUAGUCCACGAUAACUUAAAAUGUGCUUUCUUUUAGUUAUCACGUUUCACAAAAGCCAAAUAAACAAUCAUUGAAUGCAAUUACAAAACAUAUUUUUAUUAAGGAAAAUUAACAAACGGCAAGCAAUUUUGAAC